AUGGGUCGUCUUCACUCCAACGGAAAGGGUAUCUCAGCCUCCGCGCUGCCCUACUCGCGCGCGCCCCCGGCAUGGCUCAAGACCACCCCCUCCCAGGUCGAGGAGCAGAUCUGCAGACUUGCGCGAAAGGGUGCCAGCCCUUCGCAGAUCGGUGUCAUUCUCCGUGACUCGCACGGUAUUGCCCAGGUCCGGUUCGUUACCGGUAACAAGAUUCUGCGAAUCCUGAAGUCAAACGGCGUCGCGCCCGAAAUGCCCGAGGAUCUAUACAUGUUGAUCAAGAAGGCCGUCUCCGUCCGCAAGCACCUCGAGCGCAACCGCAAGGACAAGGACGCCAAGUUCCGCCUGAUUCUGAUCGAGUCGCGAAUCCACCGUCUCGGCCGCUACUACAAGACCGUCGGUGUCCUGCCCCCCACCUGGAAGUACGAGAGUGCUACCGCCAGCACCAUUGUCGCAUAA